UGUAACUGGAGAUCUAGCUAUACUGACUGAAUCAGACAGACUUAUAGACAGACUUACAGACAGACUGAUUAUAAACUCCCCCAAAAAUUCAACCAACUUACAAGCUAUAUGAUCCAUCAUCCGGCUCUCCUGAUGAAAUGCCUUGUCACAAUGUUCACAUUUGUACUUUCCAGCUGUAUGGACUCGCUUCAUGUGACACAAAAGUGAAUUUCUGUUCUUUAAAUACUUCCCACAAGCUUCACAGCUGUAUCCAGUCUCUCUAUGACUUGCCAUAUGUCCAUUAAGUGACGAUUUCUUCAUAAAAUGUCCACAAAUUUCACAUUUAACUCGUUUAAUUGAAUCACUCGAGUGCAUUUGUCGCAGAUGAAUGUCAAGUCUUGUGACUGUUUUUGAGCAAAUGUGGCAGACAGAUGAGGUUAUGUAGGCUGGGUCGUGUUUGUAUUUGAAGUGGUUGAGAAGAUGUGGAAGGUUUUUUGAUGAUUUCUUGCAGAUGUAGCAUUCGUAGUUCCUGUCAGUUUCGAUAAUGUGCUUCUUCAUGUGAGUCUUAAGGAUGUACUUGUUGGUGUAGGCUUUGCCACAUUCCUUACAAAUUGACGUGUUUUGAGUGUCCGAAUGAAGUUUUUGGAUGUGCGAUUUAAGGAUUGCUGAAGUUUUGAAGUUUUUAAUGCAAAUUUCACAUUUGUGGAUUUUUUGGCGAGUGAUUUUGAGAUUUUUUGGUAGAUUGUGAGGUCGUGGAUGAUUCUUUGGAUCAACUUUGAGGUUAGAAUUGGAAGGAUGUGCAGAUUCAUUGGCAUUAUCUAGUUUGAAGUCAUUGUAAACCUUCAUUUCUUGAUUUUUAAAGGAGAUUCUUGACUUUUGGUUAGUCAAUGGCUGUGAUGGAACUGAAAUAUUGUUGGUUGGUACUGGAAAUUCAUGCUGAAUGUACUCCUUUUGAUGAUUUUGUGCAUCCAGAAUUUUAAAAUUUGAUUGUGAAAUUUUGAUAAAGUUUUUCGGUAAAAUAACUCGAACUGGUGAAUUUUGGAGAUUUUCAAGGCUUAAAGUUGAACUUUUUGAUAGUAAAAUGUUGUUCCUAGACUGCCUGGAUAUCGAAUCAUUAAGAUUUUCAGGGACACUUUUAGUUGUGUCAUGAUUUGAUGUCUCUAGACUGUCUAUACCUUUAUAACAGUCUAUAUCUUCUGACAAUCUUUCAUUAUUGCCAAAGUCUAAACUUUCAUCUUCAUCAUAUUCUAUAAGAUCAUCAAUAAAGCUAUCAUCGCAGCUGUCUGGAUCAUUGUUUAUGUUUUGUGUAUCUUCUGGGCAACAACCGGUUGUGCUUAAAUCAUUUUUGUAAAUUUGAUUGACUUUUGUGGUAAAAUUAUGGAAAUUUUCUAUGUUUUCGUAACACAAUCUGCAUAUGAACUUUAACUUGGAUUUGAGUAUUGCCUGCACAAAUUAGAGAAUCUUGAUUAACAAACUAUUAAGUGAGAAUCAGUUAAGUUUACCGUUGAGCAUCUGAAAUAUUCCUCGAUUGCAGUUUUGAUUGUGAAACUUUUGGCAAUUUCGACGCUGAUUUCAAAAGAAUCACACUCAAUGGACUCUACACACAGAAGACAUGAAGUCAUUUCCUGCAUUUUUAUAAAUUUAACACAUUUUAUUCAAUUUAAGAAAGUAAUUUUUCAAAAUUCAAGAUUUAAUUCCUUACUGAUCAUUGUUUUGAGUCAAUGAUGGACAAAAACAUUGAAAAACAUUGAAAAACAUUGAAAAACAAUAACAAAAACAUUAACGACGAAGCUAAAACAACAAAAUCUUCACAAGAUCCCGAACAAUUCCAAAACAUAGUUUCCAUCCCCUCAGCAUUUAUUUGUAAACAUAUCAAACUGACUUAAAUGAUCAAUUUUGAGUGCUGAUAAUAAAUCAACUACAGAACAGCAUCCAAAAACUCAUCAAAAAUCCAAAACAUUUAAAAAAGCUUAGCCAUGACAACCUGCAUCCUUUGCCUAAGACAGCUCAAUAAAGGAAAAACAGUAAAAUUAUCAGAACCAGUUUGUGACACUUUUACACUAGGAGAUGCACUGAGGCAGCAGAUUCGAUCAAAUAUCCUCCUCCCGUACACACAGUCAUCAUCACAACUCACAUGCAAAUCGUGCCUCAACUCCUUCCAAUUAUUCUUCAAAUUUCUUACAAAAGUCAACACAAAUCUCAGCAAUUUCAAGACAGAACAAACAUUUGAAAUCAUUCCAGACUGCCAACAAGUUUAUGUCCCACCACAUGUAUUGAUGCUUAAAAUGGAGCCACUGAUUCUUCUUCCAAGAGUCAAAGAUGAGCCUACGGUGAUGCUUAAUGAUGUGGGUUUGGGUAAAGUUGAUAUUCUUGCUGACAAUAAAAACUAUUCUGAAGAAAGCAUCGAGGAAUCGAACAAAAAUGGAACUGAAAACGAUAAUGACAGAUUCAGCGAUGACUCUGAUUUUGCGUGGAGCUAUGACGACCCUAUGGAUUCACUUGAUGACAAUGAGACUGAAGGAAUAGACAGUCAAAGAUUCAAUAUUGAAAAAAUCGAAUCUAGCAAAUCAGGACACACUAAGAAGGUUCAGGAAUGUAAUAAAAGUGAAAUGAGACACAGUAAUGAAGUUGGACUAGACAGAAGCUUAGACAGAUCGAACUCUAGCAACAUGAAGGACAAUUACAAAGAAAAUUCCAGAACAACAUCUAAAAGAUCAACAAGAAUGUCUAAAACUUCAAAUCGACUUUCAGACAAAUCAGAAGUUAAGGUUGAACAUUCAGAUGAUGAAUGUGACAAGUCUGAAAUCAGAUGUGAAGAUUCAGACAAAGAUUUGGACGGUUCCGAUGAUGAAGGUCACCUUUUGAACAAAAGAUCAACAAGGUCUUCUCAAAAUCCAUCAAAAUCUACCAGAAAAUCAACAAGUUUAGAAAAACAAGCACCAGAAGUCAAGACCAAAUCAUCAAAUACAUCCAAAAAGACAAAAUUCAAUAGAUCCGUAAACUCAACAUCCAGGACAAGGAGUAAAGGAUCAAACUCCAUUCUACACACUGCAAUCUCAUCCAAAAACACAAAAAAGCCAAUAAAAUCUGAAAAUCCAGAAGUUACCACCUCACCAAACCUUCAAAUCCCCUCACUAGACUCGAAAUCAGACAUCAAACCAUUAACCACAGGCCCAAAUGGUCCACUUCCUCUAUUUCCAGCCAAAUCAAAGACCGGCUACAUCCGAUACCUCCCAAGAGAUCAAAUAACACUAGAAAUGAUCAAUUCAGGUCAACAAUACAUAGUAAUUGAUGGUGUUGAGUACAGAAUCCCACAAAAAGCAAGCUCAACCAAACCUAAAAAGAAAUCAGCUGGAUAUACACGAGAAGAAGAUGCAUCAAGAAGAAGUCAUCCAGCACACGAUCCAGAAGGUCAAGAAAAAGUCAAAAAUUUCAUAGACAUCAAGUGCUAUGUCUGCGGAACUGAAUUUGAGUCAUUUUUCAAACUUAAAAAGCAUUUCAAGAGGUUCCAUCCAAAUAAUCAAGCCUACUUGACCUGCUGUGAUAAAAAUUUCAAACGACGAUGUGACCUUUUGGAUCAUAUUGAGCAGCAUGAACGAUCAGCUGUUUAUAUGUGCACGAUUUGCAAUAAAGAGUACAAAACUAAAGGCUGCUUAAGGUCUCACAUGAGGUUUUAUCAUCCUAAGGAUGAUGCUGAGCAAGUCAUCUGCUAUGAAUGCGGUAAAAUGUUCAACAACUCUAAUCUCUUGAAAUUGCACUUGCUGACCCACGAAGGAGACUCUGAAAAGUCAUUCGAGUGCUACAUUUGCUGUAAAAAAUUCAAAAAUAUUCACAAUGUCAAAAGGCAUCUGAACUUAACUCAUGCCUUAACUCAAGAAAGAGUCAUCUGCCACAUCUGCUCGGCAUCAGUUAAGAAAGCUUAUUUAUCAUCUCAUAUGAAGUAUGUUCACAACAGUGACAGAACAAGAGUCAAUUGUGAACGGUGUGGCAUUUGGGUACUUAAAUCAACUUUUAAGACACAUCUUAUGAAGCACACAGACAUGGGAGUCAAUUGUAAAGUUUGUGGGAAAUUCCUUAAGUCAACAUACUCACUGACAUCACACAUGAAGACCGUCCACAAUGAUAAUUUCAAAUUUAAAUGUGAUUAUUGUGAUAAAGGAUUCCACCGGGAAGUUAAGAUGCAGGAACAUGUUGCAGUCAAGCAUACUCGAGAUUUUCCAUUUAAAUGCCGGAUUACUGAAUGUGGACGGGAAUUUAGAGCUGAAGGGAACUGUAGAGUGCACGAGAAAAAAGCUCAUCCAGAGGAAUAUAAUAAAUUUUACAAGCCAUUCUACAAAAGAGAUAAUGAGGAACUGAAGGAGCUAGAAGAGAUGUUAGCAUCGAAUGGUACUUAAACAUCACGGAACCUGACAUUGAUCCUCUGAACUUUCAAAUUCCUUCUUUGUCUCCAAAAGUACCAAGCACGUCGGACUCGUCCUACAGUUUGCCAGUUGAUGUUCUCAGUGCUUCUUGAUACCAUCGAUGCUGUCCAGUGUCUUAUCAGUUGCCAUGACAAAUGACGGAUGCAGUCAUGAUACAAGAUUUCAAUGAUUAAUAUGGCAAAAGCUAGCCCAAGUCCCUGACAGCAUGUAUAAUACAGUGGCAAUAGCUUGUCAAGUCCUAAAAUACUGAAUAAAUCCUUUUGAAUUUCUGCUUCCGAUUUUUGAUAAUUUUUACCGAAAAUUUUCAUUUUUAUCAUCGUUUCCCAAAUAUCAGGCAGUCCAGACUCAAAUGCAUGUUUCAUAAGUUCCUCGAUCUUGUCAGCAAAUGGGUUAUGAGGUCCAAAUUGAAUCUGCGUUGAUGACAAGAUUGAUGGCAAUGGAUAUUCAAAAAAGUGCUGAUUCUGAGUCGCUAUAACUUUUAAGAAUUCACAGUGUCCAAUUAUGGCCAUUUUUUGGCAAUUAAAUGCUUCCAAAUUGAAAGUUCUUUCAUCAAAAAAGACGAUCCUGUCCAAAGCCUUUAUAUAGUAAUAAGAUUUAAUUUUUUGUGACAUCGCUUCUUCCAUAAUUGCAUUAACAGCAAUCUUAGAGUCUUCCUGAUCGACUAAUGCUUUAUACGUGUCUUUUAGACUCAUCUGAUUUUUCGGAUAUGCUAAAGAAUUUCCAACGCUCCAUUGAUUCAAAAUCAUUGUAAAUACAGCCAUAAUCAUCAUAAAUUGGAUCAGAAUCUUCAGCACCAAACGAUUAUCUUGACUGAAAUCAGCACCUUGACCAUUGUAAGCACCAAAAAUUUUAAAAAUGAUAACUCCAGGUAACUCUACAGCUCCGCGACUUUUGUACAAUUUCCAUAUCACAAAAAUACAGACAUAAGUGACAAUCAAGCACAUAACAACAUAAUAGUCAGUACUUAGUGGAGCAAUUAGUUGAGCUAUAUGCUUGUUUACUUUUGGCAGUAAAAUACAAAAGCUGUUUUUAUUAUACAGCACCGAGGAUGUCGCUUGUGGUUCAAGUGAAUACAUUGAAUUUAAAGUAAAAUCAAACUUUUGUUCCUUUAAAGUUCCUUCAUCCUUAACUCUAGUGAUUUUAAAGGUUGCAUUUUGAAGUUUGGCAAUAGUUCGAAAUAGAUGUGAUAUCCUUUGAACGAUUCUGUUGUGCCUGCUUGUGAUUGGAUAUGAUCUGAAGUCAAUUGCAACUUUAUACUUGUAGCCUUGCAAGUUCUUUAGCUUGUCAGGGUAAAUUUGGCUGGAAAUGUGUGGUUUUUGGAGUUCUUUUACAACUUUGACUUCACCGUUGAAUGUUUCAGGUCUUUGGACAGCAACUGAACCUCCUUCCUCAGCUAUG